AUGGCGGGAGAGCGGAGGCGGUCAGGGGUGGCGGCCGUGGCGGACGCGGCGUCGUGGUGCUGCGGGCUGGCGCUGGUGGCGCUGCUGCUGGUGUCGUCGCUCGACGCCGGCGAGGCGGAGGAUCAAGGUGGAGUGGUGGUGGCCCGCGGCCCGCGGAUGCACGCGGGGUCACGGAGGCCAUGCGAGGAGAUAUACGUGGUGGUGGAGGGGGAGACGCUGCACAGCAUCAGCGACAGGUGCGGCGACCCCUACAUCCUGGAGCACAACCCGCACGUCCACGACCCCGACGACGUCUUCCCGGGACUCGUCAUCAAGAUCACGCCGCGCGCCACCGCCGAGAACCGCAACUGAACACAGCCACACACACUGACGCGGGCACUUCAGUACAGCGUUGUCUGCCUUCUUGAGUCGUCCUGGACGGAUCUAGGACUCAGAGUAAACUGUAACCAGUUGGAGCAGUUGCUAUGUGAAAUGGGUUUCUCAUAAUCUCAUGGAUCCUCUCUAAC